GUGGCAGAGUUCUAUUUAAUAGUUAACAGAGUUUGUGCCAGAGAAAAGAAAAGGAAACUGUGUAAAAAGCUAAGAAGCCGAAAAAGUCCGAAAAGAGAAGUGCUGACAGAGAGAAGAAUCUCUCAGAGGCAAAGGAACAAACAGUUGGCAACAACUGAGCGUAAGGCUUAAGCUGAGCGAAUCGGGACUUGCAACAGCAUCAGGCAAAAGAGAGAUGGAGAGUUUAUCGAUAGUUAUUAUUUUUCAUCGUUAGAAACCAAAUCAAAGAUUUCAUGGAGAAAACAACACAUAUUGCAGUUAUUCCUGGUAUAGGCUUCACCCAUUUAGUUCCCAUUCUUAAUUUCUCCAAACGACUAGUUCAGCUCCAUCCACAUUUCCAUGUCACCUGCAUCAUUCCCUCAAUUGGCUCUCUCCCAAAUGCCUCAAAAGCCAUUCUUCAAACUCUUCCUCCUAACAUCAACCCCAUUUUGCUUCCACCGGUUAACCUCAAUGACCAACCACAAGGGACUCGUUCAGUAAUCAAAAUUCAUCUCGCUAUCACUCGCUCUAUGCAAUCUAUUCAUCACACACUGAAGUCCAUAACUUCCAACACACCUAUCGUCGCCAUGAUCAUUGAUUCUUUUGCCGGCGAAGCACUAGGUUUCGCUCCAGAGUUCAACAUGUUGUGCUACAUUUACUUCCCUUGCUCAGUCACCACACUCUCCACGUACCUCUACAUGCCCAAGUUGGACGAGGAAGCAUCAUGUGAGUACAAAGAUCUGCCUCAUCCUAUCCAAGUACCAGGUUGUCUUCCAUUUCACGGUCGCGAUCUGUGUACCCUAGCACGAGAUCGGACUGGCCUCCCUCACGAACUCUUUCUACAACGUGUUAAACGUAUCUCUCUCGUUGAUGGAAUCUUUGUUAAUACCUUCUUGGAAAUGGAAACGGAUCCAAUCAGAGCAUUCACAGAUGAGGAAAGGGGUUACCCUCCUUUGUAUCCUGUUGGACCAAUUGUUCAAACAGGGACAGCCACGGCUGAUUCGACAACUGGGUUGGAGUGUCUGACAUGGUUGGACAAACAACAAGAUGGUUCGGUUCUGUAUGUUUGUUUUGGGAGUGGUGGAACACUGUCGCAAGAGCAAAUGAAUGAGCUGGCACAUGGUUUGGAAUUGAGCAAGCACAAGUUCUUGUGGGUUGUGAGAGCACCAAGUGAUAAAGCCGGUGCUGGUUAUCUUGAUGGAGAAAAAGAUGUAGAUCCAUCCGAGUUCUUGCCAAGUGGGUUCUUGGAGAGGACAAAAGAACAAGGUAUGGUUGUUCCUUCAUGGGCACCCCAGAUUGAGAUCCUAGGGCAUGGUUCAGUUGGUGGGUUUUUGAGUCACUGUGGGUGGAAUUCGACGCUGGAGAGUGUGGUGCAUGGUCUGCCACUCAUCACGUGGCCACUGUUUGCAGAGCAGAGAAUGAAUGCGGUUGUGAUGAGUGAGGGUUUGAAAGUGGGAGUGAGGGCAAGAGUGAGUGAAAAUGGGUUGGUGGAAAGGGUGGAAAUUGUUGAGAAGAUAAAGUGUUUGAUGGAAGAAGAAGAAGGAAGAGAAAUGAGGAAGAGAGUGAAGGAGUUGAAAGAAGCUGCCACAAAUGCUCUCAAACCAGAUGGGGCUUCAACAAAAACCCUUUCUCAGUUAGCAAUCAAGUGGAAAAAUUUGGCAUGAGAAAACAGGUUUUGCUGAAUGUUUUUGGAUCCUUGCUUUAUUACUUUUUCUGUUUGAUUUUUCUUUGUAAUGACACCAAUAAUUCUGUGGAUUCAUGGCACGUGUGUAUGAUAUUGUUUGUAGCGUAAAAUGAUCAUUUGUGUAAA